UCCAGUACUCAGUUUCGCUACAGAGACACUUACCUUUGUUUAACGAGGAGGCCAUUUAAGGUUGUCAGGGCACAAAGAAAUUUUACAAAAAGAGAAGGCAAGUGAUGGGUUUGCGUGGAAUACUAUUGCAACAACAGCUGCCGCUUGCGGCCAUAAUUUUAGCAGCAAUAGCAGCAGCAGCAGCAGCAUCGGAACCCAAUUCGAGCUGCAUCAGAAGAUGUGGAUCGCUUCAAAUCCCCUACCCAUUUGGAACAAGCGAGGGGUGUUACCUUGAUCCAUCUUUUCUCAUCACUUGUAACAACUCAACACCAUUUCUGGGCGACAGUAAGGAAUUAAAGGUCCUAAACGUAUCAAUGGAUGGUGAAAUGCGAGUCUCAAGCAAAAUAGCCCGUGGUUGCCCCAACGAGCCGGGCUAUAACGCCAGCAAAAGCGCUUACGGGUUCUCAUUGCUAGACCACUUUCUCAUCUCAUCUACGAAGAACAAGUUCACUGCAGUCGGUUGCGACACUAUUGCCGUUAUUGUUGGUAUAAUAGUGGGAGGCGAGAAUUACUCGACUGGAUGCUUGUCGCUCUGUAACCGUAUUGAGAGUGUUAAAAACGGAUCUUGCGAUGGCAUUGGCUGUUGCCAGACUUCUAUUCCACAAGGAAUGAGUAAUUUUGGUCUGGCUGUUAACAGCUUGUACAAUUACGCCGAGGUAGCCGACUUCAAUCCAUGUGGUUUCGGUUUUGUGUCGGAAGAAGAAGCAUACAACUUUUCCUCCUUGGAUCUUAUGAAUUUACAGAACAAAGAGACUCUUCCUGUGGUGCUUGAUUGGACAGUUGGGAAUGAGACAUGCACCGAUGCUGAGACAAAUUUGACCAGCUAUGGAUGUAAGGCAAAGCAGAGUGAAUGUUACAAUUCCAUCAACGGUCCUGGAUAUUUUUGCAAUUGCUCCUCAGGCUAUGAAGGGAACCCAUACCUCCAUGAUGGUUGUCAAGAUAUUAAUGAGUGCAAAAUUUCAAAGCCCUGCAAUAUGACAUGCACCAACAUUCCGGGCAGUUAUAAAUGUGGUUGUUCCAAGGGGUACGAAGGUGAUGGGAUGAAAAACGGAACAGGGUGUCGUCCUAUCGUCAGCAAUUAUAGGAGGAUAGCUAUUGAACUGGGCGUUGGCAUAGGCCUCUCAGUAUUGCUCGUGGGAGGGUUUUUGAUAUACUGGGGACAGAAAAGAAGAAAUCUCAUCAAGCUCAAGGAGAAAUUUUUCCAACAAAAUGGUGGCUUAAUAUUACAACAACAACUCUCAAAUCACAGAGGCUCUAUAGAGCCAACAAAAAUCUUUAGCAUAGAAGAGCUUAAAAGGGCCACUAACAACUACGAUGAGAGUAGGAUUCUUGGCCAAGGUGGUAACGGAACUGUUUAUACAGGAGUAUUACCAGGUAACAAAGUAGUUGCUAUUAAGAAGUCCAAAGGGUUUGAUCAUAACCAAGCUAAGCAAUUCAUAAAUGAGGUGUUUUUACUUACCCAAAUCAAUCAUAGGAAUGUGGUUAAGCUAUUAGGAUGUUGCCUUGAAACAGAAGUACCCUUAUUAGUUUAUGAAUUCAUCGCAAAUGGAACACUUUUUUACCACAUUCAUGAUAAAAGUCCAUCGUCCUCACUUACAUGGGAAAAUCGUUUGAAGAUAGCAGGAGAAACUGCAGGAGCGCUUGCAUACUUGCACUCUGAAGCUUCUAUGCCAAUUAUUCAUAGAGAUGUAAAAACUGCAAACAUACUUCUAGAUGAUAACCUCACUGCAAAAGUGGCUGACUUCGGAGCUUCAAGGCAAAUUUCUCUUGAUCAAACAAAAGUAACCACUUUAGUGCAAGGAACUUUCGGGUACUUGGACCCAGAGUAUUUCCAUACUGGCCAACUAACAGAGAAAAGUGAUGUCUACAGCUUUGGUGUUGUUUUGGCAGAGCUAUUGACAGGUAGGAAGGUAAUUUUUUCUGAUGAGACAGGAAGUGAUAGAAAUCUUUCUAUGUCAUUCGUUUCUACAGUGAAAGAGGAUCGCCUAUUGCAAAUUCUUGACGAUCACAUUAUAAACGAGGACAAUAUUGAGGACCUAAGGGAAGUGGCUAAUCUUGUAAAGAGGUGCUUAAGUGUAAGAGGAGAGGAUAGACCCUCUAUGAAGGAAGUGGCAAUGGAGCUGGAGGGUUUGAGAAUUAUGAAAAAGCGUCAACGGGAAAAGGCCGAUCUCUAUGCAGAAGAGACUGAGUACUUGCUCACUGAACCUAAACACUAUUUUAGCAUUGAUGUUGGCACAAGUUGUUCUUCUACCGACACAACUACUGGGUACGAUAGCAUAAGAAACCAUCCAUUGCAACCACCGGAUGACGAGGAAGGCCAUUGGAGGUUGUCGGGGCAGAAAGCAAAUACUAGAGAUCUUACAAAAAGAGUAGAGAGAAGGCAAGUGAUGAUGGGUAUGCGUGUAAUACUUUUGCAACAGCAGCUGCUACUUGUGGCCAUAAUUUUGGCAGCAUUAGCAGCAGCUGCAGAACUCACCAAUUCAAGCUGCAUCAGAAGAUGUGGAUCGGUUGAAAUCCCCUACCCAUUUGGAACAAGCGAGGGGUGUUACCUUGAUCCAUCUUUUCUCAUCACUUGUAACAACUCAACACCAUUUCUGGGCGACAGUAACGAAUUAAAGGUCCUAGACGUAUCAAUGGAUGGUGAAAUGCGAGUCUCAAGCAAAAUAGUCCGUCAUUGCCCCAACGAGCCGGGCUAUAACGCCAGGAAAAGCGCUGACGAGUCGUUCCUAUCGCUAAAAUACUUUCUCAUCUCAUCUACGAAGAACAAAUUCACUGCAGUCGGUUGCGACACUGUUGCGGUUAUUGGUGGUUCUAAAGUGGGAGACGAGUUUUACAUGACUGGAUGCUUGUCGUUCUGUUACCAUAAGGACAGUGUUGGCAGAUCUUGCGAUGGCACUGGCUGUUGCCAGACUCUUAUUCCACAAGGAAUGAGUAAUCUUUCUACUGGAUGCUUGUCCAUGAACAAUUACGCCAAUGUAAGCAACUUCAAUCCAUGCGGUUUCGGUUUUGUAGUGGAAGACAAAGCAUACAACUUUUCCUCCUCGGAUCUUGCAAAUUUACAGAACAGAGUGAGUGUUCCUGUGGUGCUUGAUUGGACUGUUGGGGAUGAAACAUGCACAAAUGCUAAGAAAAAUUUGAAAAGCUAUGCAUGUAAGGCAACGCACAGUGAAUGUUACAAUUCCACCAACGGUCGCGGAUAUUUUUGCAAUUGCUCCUCAGGCUAUCGAGGGAACCCAUACCUCCGUGGUGGUUGUCAAGAUAUUAAUGAGUGCGAAAUUUCAAAGCCCUGCAAUCUGAGUCAUAUGACAUGCCACAACAUUCGGGGCAGUUAUGAAUGUCGUUGUUCCAAGGGGUACAAAGUUGAUGGGAUGAAAAACGGAACAGGGUGUCGUCCUACCGUUAGCAAUUAUAGGAGGAUAGCUAUUGAACUGGGCGUUGGCAUAGGCCUCUCAGUAUUGCUCGUGGGAGGGUUUUUGAUAUACUGGGGACGGAAAAGAAGAAAUCUCAUCAAGCUCAAGGAGAAAUUAUUCCAACAAAAUGGUGGCUUAAUAUUACAACAACAACUCUCAAAUCACAGAGGCUCUAUAGAGCCAACAAAAAUCUUUAGCAUAGAAGAGCUUAAAAGGGCCACUAACAACUACGAUGAGAGUAGGAUUCUUGGCCAAGGUGGUAAUGGAACUGUUUAUAAAGGAGUAUUACCAGGUAACAAAGUAGUUGCCAUUAAGAAGUCCAAAGGGUUUGAUCAUAACCAAGCUAAGCAAUUCAUAAACGAGGUGUUUUUACUUACCCAAAUUAAUCAUAGGAAUGUGGUUAAGCUAUUAGGAUGUUGCCUUGAAACAGAAGUGCCCUUAUUAGUUUAUGAAUUCAUUGGAAAUGGGACACUUUUUUACCACAUUCAUGAUAAAAGUCCCUCGUCCUCACUUACAUGGGAAAAUCGUUUGAAGAUAGCAGGAGAAACUGCAGGAGCGCUUGCAUACUUACACUCUGAAGCUUCUAUGCCAAUUAUUCAUAGAGAUGUAAAAACUGCAAAUAUACUUCUAGAUGAUAACCUCACUGCAAAAGUGGCUGACUUCGGAGCUUCAAGGCAAAUUUCUCUUGACCAAACAAAAGUAACCACUUUAGUGCAGGGAACUUUCGGGUACUUGGACCCAGAGUAUUUUCAUACUGGCCAACUAACAGAGAAAAGUGAUGUCUACAGCUUUGGUGUUGUUUUGGCAGAGCUAUUGACAGGUAGGAAGGUAAUUUUUUCCGAUGAGACUGGAAGUGAUAGAAAUCUUUCUAUGUCAUUUGUUUCUACAGUGAAAGAGGAUCGCCUAUUGCAAAUUCUUGACGAUCACAUUAUAAACGAGGACAAUAUUGAGGACCUAAGGGAAGUGGCUAAUCUUGUAAAGAGGUGCUUAAGUGUAAGAGGAGAGGAUAGACCCUCUAUGAAGGAAGUGGCAAUGGAGCUGGAGGGUUUGAGAAUUAUGAAAAAGCGUCAACGGGAAAAGGCCGAUCUCUAUGCAGAAGAGACUGAGUACUUGCUCACUGAACCUGAACACUAUUUUAGCAUUGAUGUUGGCACAGGUUGUUCGUCUACCGGCACAACUAUUGAGUACGAUAGCAUAAGAAACCAUCCAUUGCAACCUCCGGAUGACGGCAGAUAGUUUAGCUGAGACAGAAGAUCAUUUAGUAAAUGUGUUGUUAGUGUGUAAGAUGCCAUGUGUCUGUGCACCUACUACCUAGCUGUUAUAUAAGAAUAUGUGUUACCUGUAUUCUUUUUUGCUCUAAUGAUCAACAUUUGCAUCAUUUGAUAAAACCAAUUAUUUAUAUAUCUAAUUUUUGUACUAUAUAUUAGGCAUAUGACUAUAAAUGGAAAUCCCAUGUUUUGC